AGCGCUGGCGUGGACGCUUCCAACACUCCUUCCGAGCUAAUCACUGGUUUGGUGAUUUUCUUGUUAAUAUUGUCUGGUGUGUUCCUACAACUUCAAAGUAACCUAUGAGUUAUUUGAAGCAGUGACAUCACCGUUUCGCUUCAGACGUGGCACUGCGUGACGUCAUCAGCGCGCGGCCGUGUGUUCACUGCGCGCACUCCAUCGAGUCCCGUUUCAACAUUUCGCUCAGUUUGAUCGCGGCAGGACAGAGUGAAGAUGAUGGAAGAGAGCGGUGUAGAGAGCAGCCCCUCCACAGCGGCUGCCAGCGGUGUCUCCGGUCCUCAGACUCUCCCCAGCUCCCCCGGCGGCUCUGCUUUUGCCCCGGGAGGGUUUUCCAGCCCUGUUCCUCCAGUGGCUUUGACCUCCACGCUGCCGCCCAUCCAGUCAUCUGCUCCUCCUCUCUCUCUCAGCUCGAUGUCGUCUCCUCUGAGUCUGAGCGGCCCCUACGGUGGCCCCGGCGCUCCGUUCACCUCCCCUCCUGCCGGUCCCCCGCUCAGCGCCCCUCUGGGCCCCGUCCUCUCUGCCCCCCCGAUGGGCCCGCCCACCACUGGCUUCUCUGUGAGCGCAGGAUAUGACAUCACCCGUGGCCACGCUGGCCGCACCCCUCAGACGCCGCUCAUGCCCAGUUUCUCCAGCGCCUCACCCAUGCCAGGAAUUGUCACCAAUCCCAUGAUGCAGCAGCCGGUGUCUGGAGGGUUAGACGUCAGCUCGCCCAUCACAAAACCAAAUGAAUCCUACGACACCAUAUUUACUCUUGACUCCACCCCACCUAGUGGUGUAGCUGGGAACCACAUGGUCAAGUCUGUCCUGGAUAAAACCAAACACUCUGUGGAGUCCAUGAUAACCACACUGGACCCUGGGAUGGCACCGUACAUCAAGUCUGGAGGAGAUGUGGACAUCGUUGUGACGUCAGAUAAGGAGGUGAAGGUGGCAGCGGUGCGGGACGCGUUUCAGGAGGUGUUUGGUUUGGCCAUGGUGACAGGAGAGGCCGGUCAGUCCAACAUCGCCCCGCAGCCGCUGGGAUACGCCGCAGGGGUCAAGGGAGCUCAGGAGCGCAUCGACAGUCUGCGUCGUUCUGCCGUCAUUCAUGAGAAGCAGCCCGUGGUCUCGGUGGAAAACUUCCUCGCAGAACUCUUCCCAGACAAGUGGUUUGACAUGGGCUGUCUGAUCUUGGACGAUCCAGGAAACGGGAUUCACAUUGAGAUGUUCACUCAGGCUACACCUGUGGCCCUGGAGCAUGUGCAGCAGGCGCAGGCGCUGACUCCUCCAGACUAUAACCUGCGCUGGUCCGGUCUGCUGGUGACGGUCGGGGAGGUUCUGGAGAGAAAUGUGCCCAAUGUCAGCCGCACAGACUGGCACCAGGCCUUCACUGGCAUGUCCCGCCGGCAGAUGAUCUACUCCGCCGCCAAGGCUCUGGCUGGCAUGUACAAGCAGCGCUUGCCCCCCAGGACAGUGUGAGCGUCUUACACCGUCACGUUACACGGACCACAGCUUCCCAGAAUCACACAGGAAUCCACAUUUCAUCCUCAGAUGUCCUGUGUUUUUCAGUAACGUCCCAUAACAACACCGAGCCCACUCUAAACGCCAAAACAAAGAAAAGUCAGACCAGUUUCUGCAUCAGGUCUGAAUUAAACCAGUUUCAGGGCAGAAUAACUAAUAUCUAACUUUUAAAUUAUUGAUUGAGAUGAAAAUUGUGCCCUUGAUGUUAUCUUUGAGUUUGAUUGAUACUGUACAUCCCAGUCUUUAUGAUGGGAAUGAAAGCAUCUGAAGUCCUUCAGCAGGACCGUCUCUGCACAACUCUUUACAGUGAUCAGAUCUCACCAAGGAAAAGAUGAUUCUCAGAUUUAUAAUGCUUGUGAUCACAUUUACAAUCAAAUACUUUGACUUGCAGGUUUUUAAGUUGAAUCAUUGAAAUUAAUAUCAAUAUUGUCAAUAUGUGUAAUUUUGAUGUUACGGUUUUGGUUCUAAUUUUAUAGUGUUUUCUUUUCAGCCUAAUCAUCAAACAUUGUUAUAAUAGUGUGAUUGUCUGCAUGUCUGUUUCUUUCACAACUCAGUCCAUGUUAGUCAGCGUUUACUGUGGUCAGAUAAUCAAUCACCAGCUCUGCUGCAUAUACUGUAUAAACAGACCCGUUACUGUAUAUGUGUUUACAUACCACAGUCUUACAUCAGUAUUGUGUGAAAUACAGCAGGGGGCGUUAGUGAUGAUGUGCGGUUCAGAGUGAGACAGGACACGCCGCCUGAGCAUGACCUCUGAGUGACCGCUGAUGUGUAGCACAUCAAAACUGUGCUGUGUGUUUGCUCUCGUGGACAGAAAGAGUUGAUUAAAAGUCUAGAACUGCCUGUCUUUAUAUGUUUGUAAUAUUUCUCCAAAACAACUGUGGAUGAUUUCAUUCCAUAGCGUUUUACAAAUGUGCCUUCAACCAGCAGAUGAGUAAAAUCUUUUUGUAAAGCA